AUGUCCGAUGUUCAUGCUGUGGAAAAAUUGUGGAUGGGAGAUGGAAUUGAACCAUACGUAAAGGGCCCAGACCGAGGCACAACCGACUGUGCCUCCAUCCAACCCAAUGUUGUGUUAUUUUUUUCAUUUAUGUUCUUUCUGCAAGUGCGGACACAACAGUACCUUAUUACCAUCUCGCCACCUUUCUAUUCGGGUCUCAGAUUAAUUUUCAUUUUAUUCUUUCUGCCUAGGAAUGGUCAAAUCUCCUUUUUAUUAAUUUUGAUUUUCGAAUUAGCCGUCUAUUCUUCCUUCGUAAUUUUUGUUAAUUUAACUUUUACUUAA